AUGAUUAACAUUAUCCUAACCUAUUUGGCAGCUAUCACCAUCUUUUGUAGUGUGCAUGAUGCAAAAAUAUGUUAUGAUGUACACAGAAGAAAUACCAAGAGUAACGUACUUUUUAUUGAAAAAAAUGCUUACCACAAAGUUAAGUAUCGUCUCAAAGCGAAGGAAUUUGUGAAUUUCAGGGAAAUACAACUACAGAGGAUAAAAGAUUAUAGAAAGCGCAGUGGGCCAGACAAAAAUAAUAUUAACUACAACGUGAAGGAUGCAUAUAAUUAUCAUGAUAAUUUCCUCUUCGUCAGGAAUGAAGUGUUCCCAACGUUAGCCAAAAUAGAAAAUGAGAAAUUGAAGCAGAGGGAGAAAUAUCAAAAACUGUUUCAAAACGUCAAUGACUAUAAUACGAGUUUUAGUAGACGGACCUUUAUGCAAUUCCUGAUCGACUUGUACAACAUCUUCCUAAAAAUUGACGAGUUAUUUUUGAUUUACAAAGAAGACUUUUCCCUUCUUACGUACACGGGGCCCAUGCUACUGACGAACCACCUCUACGACGAUAUUGUGUAUCUGACGUCGGUGGUUGAGAACUGCGACGACAUCACGCUCAGCCCAUACGGCAGGGAGUACGUCUCACACCUGGAGGAGUUAUCCCAAAAAAACAAAAUAAAAUUUUUAGCGCAUGCAUACUUAUUCUACAAAAGCUUCCAUUUGAACAAGGAGCAUUUGUUAAAUAGCAUUUGCAAAUAUUUAAAUAUUAUAAAAAAAUUGAAAUCGUCCAAGUACGUUCCAGAUGUUUCGAAUUUCGAGUUUUGCCUGAACAAGAUGAGCAGAAAGUGGAGCAGAUGGGACAAGGACAAUUUUCUGUCCAGUCUGCAUGACGCGACAGAUAAAAUGAUGAUAUUGACGAAGCAUUUUCAACAAACGAAAGAGUAA